AAUUAAAAGAAGAAUGAACUAAUCUCUGAAGAUAACUGGGCAGUUUUUCUUUAUCUAUUUUUUUUAAAAUUAUAGAAGUUCAAGGGGAGUCAGAAGUGGUUCUUACUGGCUUGGAGGUUUAUACAAGUCUUCAGUUUGUCAGCACAGACCAACAGACCAUCAUUUUUAGUGGAGAUAUUUUCCUUCUCCUUUUUUGGUGUCCCUGGUGGCAAAAACUAAAAUUGAUUACAUCAUUUUGACUUGUAUUUGGGCCUAGGUUUUAUGACACAGUAAUAGCUUACAUUUUCCACAUGCUUUGCUUAAAAACAACCACUAAACACAAUCAUUGUGUUGAACCUGGACAUCUUGAAUGGAGAAAUUGGUAGCUUUAUUUUAACACAUAUAUUUGAAUAAAUCAAGAAAACGAAAGCCUUUUCAGAUCUCUGCUUAUGAUUAUGUUCUGUAUUACAAGCAAAAUGAGGAAUUUUAUAGCAUUUGCAGUGACCUUGUACUAGAGGAUAAGCAGAACCAAUGCCAAGUUGCAAAAUCUAUUAGGAAAAUUUCUCCUUGGAAAUUAAAAUUUCCUAUGAGUAAGUCACAAGUAUUCAUUCACAUUAUUGUUUCUCUAUAAGCAACAAAAUGCAAAUGCAAACCUCAGAUUUAAUUAUUUAACCCAGUUAACCUAGCAAUGGAAAAUCUACAGACAAAUUUCUCCUUGGUUCCGGGCUCAAAUAAACUGAACGGGAUGGGAGAUGAUGGCAGCCCUCCAGUGAAAAAAAUGAUGACAGACAUUCAUGCAAAUGGGAAAGUGGUGAACAAGGUGCCAACUGUAAAGAUGGAACACUUGGAUGACUAUGGCGAUGCACUGAUGGAAACGGAUGGAGAGCAUGGCAAGCGAAACCCUGUGACUGAACCUUUACAUUUAAAUCCCAGUUUGAAACACACCCUGGCACAAUUCCAUUUAAGUAGUCAGAGCUCUUUGGGUGGACCAGCAGCCUUUUCUGCUCGCUAUUCCCAAGAAAGCAUGUCACCUACUGUAUUUCUGCCUCUGCCAGCCCCUCAGGUUCUUCCUGGCCCACUGCUCAUUCCUUCUGACAGCUCCACAGAACUUACCCAGACUGUUUUGGAAGGGGAGUCGAUUUCUUGUUUUCAAGUUGGAGGAGAAAAGAGACUCUGUUUGCCCCAAGUCUUAAAUUCUGUUCUCCGAGAGUUUUCACUUCAGCAAAUAAAUACAGUGUGUGAUGAGUUAUACAUCUAUUGCUCUAGGUGUACUUCAGAUCAGCUUCAUAUCUUAAAGGUCCUGGGAAUACUUCCAUUCAAUGCCCCUUCCUGUGGGCUGAUCACAUUAACUGAUGCACAAAGACUGUGUAAUGCUUUAUUGAGGCCACGGACUUUUCCUCAAAAUGGUAGCAUACUUCCUGCUAAAAACUCAUUGGCCCAGUUAAAGGAAACUGGCAGUGCCUUUGAAGUGGAGCAUGAGUGCUUGGGCAAAUGUCAGGGUCUGUUUGCACCUCAGUUUUAUGUUCAGCCUGAUGCUCCCUGUAUUCAGUGUCUGGAGUGUUGUGGAAUGUUUGCACCCCAGACAUUUGUGAUGCAUUCACACAGGUCACCUGAUAAAAGAACUUGCCACUGGGGCUUUGAAUCAGCCAAAUGGCAUUGUUACCUUCAUGUGAACCCAAAAUACUUAGGGACACCUGAGGAGAAGAAACUGAAGAUAAUCUUAGAAGAAAUGAAGGAGAAGUUUAGCCUAAGAAAUGGAAAGAGAAGUCAAUCUAAGACUGAUACACCACCAGGAAUGGAAUUACAGUCAUGGUAUCCUGUUAUAAAACAGGAAGGAGACUCUGUUCCUCAGACACAUUCAUUUUUACACCCCAGCUACUACUUGUACAUGUGUGAUAAAGUGGUUGCCCCAAAUGUGUCCCUUACUUCUGCUGUGUCCCAGUCUAAAGAAGUCACAAAGACAGAAGCAACUAAGACCAUAUCAAGACAGUCUGAGAAGCUUCACAGCAGUAGUAAACAUCAAAAAACAGUGUCUUAUCCAGAUGUCUCACUAGAGGAACAAGAGAAAAUGGAUUUAAAAACAAGUAGAGAAUUAUAUAACCACUCAGAUCCAUUGAUCUCAAAUAAUUCUGCAAGUAAGAAGAAAUCUGAACCUGCCUUAGUAAGAGACACAAGGAAGCAUGAUGCUGCAGCCUCCUCUCCACUUCCUGUCAGAGAUGUUACUUGUGAAGAUGAUAAGGGAAAAAUCAUGGAAGAAGUAAUGAGAACUUAUGUAAAGCAACAGGAGAAGUUGAACUCGAUUUUACAAAAGAAGCAACAGCUUCAGAUGGAAGUGGAAAUGUUGAGCAGUUCAAAAGCUAUGAAAGAACUCACUGAAGAACAGCAGAAUUUGCAGAAAGAGCUUGAAUCUUUGCAAAAUGAACAUGCUCAAAGAAUGGAAGAAUUUUAUGUUGAACAGAAAGACUUAGAGAAAAAAUUGGAGCAAGUAAUGAAGCAAAAAUGUACCUGUGACUCAAAUUUAGAAAAAGACAAAGAAGCUGAAUAUGCAGCACAGUUGGCAGAACUGAGACAGAGACUGGACCAUGCUGAGGCUGACCGGCAGGAACUCCAGGAUGAACUAAGACAGGAGCGGGAAGCAAGGCAGAAGCUAGAGAUGAUGAUCAGAGAGCUAAAGCUGCAAAUUCUGAAAUCAUCGAAGACCGCAAAAGAGUAGAAGUGGUUGAGGAGGUUCAUCUGUGGAUUAUGGACAGCGUUUCUUUUUGUUUGUUUGUUGCUUGCUUUGGUAAUUGAUUUCUGAGCAUCUUAUCUGCAUGAAGACUAGACAUUCUGUUAAUUUGUAGAUCAGAGAGCCAGAAGAGAUUAUAUAUUAAUACAUACAUUUUUACAUUUUCCAAGUAGAUGAAAAUGUGGUUUCAUUGUACUUUUUUCCCUUGUCAGCUUGGUAACAAUACUAUAUGGUUUCAACUAGUAGAUAAUCAACCUGUAUUUCUAAUGCACACUUGCAGUUGUGUACUUUUUAAAGAGCUGAAUUAUGUGAUGGAAGACAACUGGGUCAAUUGCAUUAUUCAUAUUUCACACUGAAUUUUAGAUACAAGUAGUAGCAUCCGAAUUCCAGUAUGUAACAAAGAGCUACUCCAGGAGUUGAACCUGUUUUUCUCAUUAAUAGUGUCUCCUAAGUUGAUACAAUAUACUUAUUAUUAUAUACCACAUUUACUUUGUUUAGACUAUAGAACAAAUUUCCACCAUUUUUCUUUUUGAUGUCUCUUAGAGGCAUUCUGUUAAUGAAGUUACAGCACACCCCCUGGACAUGACGGGAAGGGUUACAUGCUUUAGUAUGCUAUGCUGCUAAACACAAGAAGCAGCUGUGAUUUGUCUUUAAGUGUGGUUUUAUUUAGAAGAGAGAGAGUGUGUGUGUGUGUCUAUGUUUUGAAGUGACUUCAGAAAAAAAAUUCUGAACUUUUAAUAGUGAUAUUGACAAUAAUGUUCUUGAGAAAAGUGGAUGCCAUGGAUGUACAUUAGUUUCUAUAUAGUCCAUAAUCCUCCUGUACAGUUUUAUAUGUAGUCUUAUGUGGAUCUUACUAAAAUUUAUAUAAUGGAUUUGUUCCUUUUAAGUGAUAAAAUAUUAAACACCUCAAAGGUUAUUUUGGACUUUUGUAUGUUUAAAUAUUAUGUUAUCAAAAUUGCACGAAUGGACCAUUUUCAAUUGCUCUUUAAUAGAAAAUCAUGAAUUUACAGACAGCUAAUAGGUUAUUAUAGAAUAAAUACCUAUCAUUGAAAGGUUUAUAAAAUAAAUUUCAGAUGACAAAGGAAUUUCAUAGCUUGGGGAAGGGCCACACCUGCACUUUGUUUUUUCUCUCAUUUUCUUUUUUGCACAGAAAAGUCUAUCAUUUUUAAUAUUAAAUAUCACAUUAAUAAUGAGUAAUUCUUAGGUUAAAGUUACUAGGUAAAAUUCUCAGUCUACAGUUAUUUUAAAGGAAAAUUUUUGACUCCCACAGCACAUUAUCCCAUCAGGUUUUUUCUUAAGGUACUAGAUAAAACUACUUUAAAAAGCUGAAUUUUCUUUAAAAAGAAAUUAGCUUGAUGAAGGUUAUGUGCUGUUUCAAUCGUAGGUCCUCUGAUGGUUUAGGACUUCAAAACUUACUAGGUUAUAGUGGAUUGAUUUUAUAUUUUGCUUCAUGGUACUCUCAUCUGCAAAGGACACCUUUGUAUUUCCCCAAAUGUAGUUUGUUUUCUAAAUAUUUUCUGAUCUAAAUAUGUACUUUGCAUUUACUAUAUUAACCCUAUAAUUUAAUUUGUUGAUUCUUGGAAUUUCCUCAAGGAGGAAAAAAAAUGUUAAAAUGACCAUGUACCCCAGUGCCAUUUAUGUACACCUGGAGAAAGAAAAACAAUAGACACAUAAAGUAGUUUUAGUUAGGUUGUGAAUUGAUUGUAAACUCAAGUACCUGUAAUUUCGUUCAUCUUAUUAGCUCAAAACCUUUCUGCUUAUGCUACUUAGCAAAUGAUAAUCUUUAAGUUUAAACCUAAAACUUUCAAGAUACUUUGCUUAUUCUUUGAAUUAUAUUUUAAAAUUCUAAGUGGGCAUCGAAACACCAUUAAAUUAUAUGCUGUUAAACUAGAAUUGAGUAAAGAAACCUUUUUUUCUAGUCUUUGAUGACUUUGUAAGAUCUUUACUUUCCCCAGAGGAUAUAUUGAUUGAUGUGCCAUAGGUUUCUGUCUACCUUCCUUGAAGAUUAUUUUUUGUCAAUAUGUAAAUAUAUGUCUUAUUAUUAAAAGUAACUUUAAGUUAAAUUGCACCACAUAGCUUGAAAAAUAAUGUAGAGAUUUUGUAAUACUUUAAAACUGACCUCUGCUAAAAUGUUCAUUUAACAUCCUUCUAUUCUUUGCAUGCUCAUGUCAUGUGCUAGUUGCUAUCUUAAAGUUUAUUUUGGUGUUUUGUGUGCUAUGCCAAGUUCACUAAGCAAGCAGAUUUUCCCUUAGAUUUCAUAUUUCUGUCUAUAUAUUUAUAUAUGCAUUUAUAUAUAUGCAUAUAUUUUAAAGUAAAACAAGAGUGGUUAAAAGGUACACUAAGUAAUGGCCUAUAAAGUUUUCUGUAGCCUUUCAGGAAGAAAGACAAUAUUGGAAGUGGUUGAUGAGUGAUAUUAAACUAGUUUGGGUGGUGAUAGUUUUGGUGGCCUAAACUUUUGUGAGGAAAAUGAACUAAAUCUAUAAAGGGAGUAACUGUCACUUAGAAGCUUGUAAACAUGCUCACAAGUGCAACUUCUAACACUCAAAGAAUAAUCAAUGACUUAGGUUUGGUUUGUGCUUUAAUUUUUGUAAAGUAUAUUCUUUUGCUUGGAAUUUCUGUGUCCUCUGUAGUUAGGAUGUUUUUGCUUCUUGAACUGAUUUUUAUAUUUAAUAUAUUACCAGUUUAGAUAUUAAGCCAUUUGUACAGGAUUGAGGAAGAGGAAAAAAAUCAUGUACAGACUGAAUUAUAGAGCUGUCACUAUAGUAGGCAAAAUAGACCAAGUACUAUGAUGUUUGCAGGUGGCCCCUUCUGGAGAUCAUAGCAGAAGGAACCCGUUCAUUUGCACAUCUGUGGCUUCUGAAUCAUGGAGCAUGAAAUGUUAAGAAACUCAAGUAAUACAGAAGGUGUUUCCCUGUAAAUAGUGGCAAAGUAGUACUGAGGAAUUUUUAGUAGCUUCUGAAGCUUUCUUCUCAAUAAUGACCACGUUUGAUUACUUAGGGAAUCUUUUUAUUUGCCCUUUAUGCAUUUAAUUCACAACAGGAAAUUAAAAAUUUAUAUGAAUUUGUGCUCAUACUGUACAUCUAUUCCUGUGCUUGAAACUACUUGUUAAUAGUUUUUAUUGAAGCUAUCAGCAAUAAGGAACAUAAAACUGCUGUAUUAUACGUUGUGGAGUUGAAUAAUUUAAAACCAGCUUAAUUUUUUUUUCUAGAAUAGAAUACUUAAGCAUUUCCACUGUGGAAGAAAGCAUAUGGGUAUUUUGUAUUGCAUCUUGUUUUAAAAGGACAGUCCUUUUUUUUUUUUAUAAUUCACUUAAAUGACUUCCAAAAUGCAUAGUGUAAUUUGGAGCCUGUUUAGAAAUAGAAUUAAAUAAAUAGUGCUACUGUUUUGAAUUAGAAAGUGAUCAAUUGUAAAAAACAUUUAAAAAAUUAAGCCCAGAAAACAAAUAGUGUUUGAACUUAGUUUAAUAUAAAUUUGUAAGAUUUUUUUCUUCAAUAUAGAUACCUCACUUGAAAAUAAAGGAAGCACAGCAUACUUAAAGUAGUUCUUAAAAAAUCAUCCUAUUAAAACAGUUGCUAAAUUUAGGACAUCUUUUGGGAAGUUAGAGUUUAUGAGAAAUAAAAUGUACCUGCUUUUAACUAUCUUGUUAGAAAUACUUAUUUUAUCCUGAUAAUUUUAAGCCAACACGGUAGUCUUAAAUUGUUUCUGAAUUUCUAACUGGUGAAAGCAGUCAAUGAACGAUUUGUUUGGCAACUAUUGAAACAACUUGAUGACUAUAUUGACCACAAUUCAACUUAUAAUUUUGCCAAUGAUGUACAGUUUUCUGAUUAAAAUUGCUGUGUUGGUUGCAUUACAUGACACAGAACUGUCCUCUACCUCACGUGAAAUAAAUAUUUUAUAUGGUUUUACUAAAAAUAAGACUCAUCUAUCUGGUCAUUUAGUUUACAAAUUUUGAAUUCUAUUUAUUGAAACAUGACAUACUGUGCUCUUAGCUUAUACCUCAAUUGUAUUUUGUGCUGUUUUCCAUUUUCAUGCCUUGUAAAUAACUUGUAUAGAUUGUGGAUGAAAUUUCAAAUAAAAAAGUUUUAAUGCCAA